GCGCCCGAGUUGCCGGCCUUGCCGGAGUCGGAGAUCACGGCUGCGGAGGCUGCCAAGCGCUGGGCCAACAAGGCGCUCGACAAGGCCUUGCACGAGCAGCUCAAGGCGGAGCAGUACCUCCAGGAGGCCCAGCAGAAGGUCGACGAAUGUCUCCGCAAGGAGCGGCAGGCUCAGCGUGACCUGGAGGAGGCCACCAAGCGCCACGCCAAGAAGGUGCUCCCUGCAGGCUUUGAGGAGAAGGCGCCUACCGCCUCGAGCAAGUCGGUGGUCCACAUCGAAGCCUUGCUCGCUGACCCCGAGUCCUUGGAGCUCGAUGUUGGGGAGGCGGUGGACCUCUCUGGCCCAGAGUUCUCGGACCAUGAUCGCGAGCAGUUCGAGAGUUGGGUCACCUCGCACAAGCAGAACUGCGCCAAACUCCUCAAGCAGGCCUUCGAGAGCAUCCAAGAGGAGGCCAGGAAGGCCCAAGCAGAAUAUAAGAAGCAGACUGAGAUGUUAUCUAAGAAGCGUAAGGUCGGAGAGGCAGGCGAGGAGAGUGCGGGCGAGGUGCGCAGAGUGCCGGUGCCAGCCUCUGGUGAUGAGGACCUUGACGAGAUGCAGAAGCGCAAGGCCGCUGCACUUGAGGCUGCCAAGGCCAGGGCGGCCAGUGCUGAGGCCAAGGCUGAGAAGUGGUUGAAGGAAUGUCGAGCGGACAUCGUGGUGUUCGUGGAGACGCGCACUCGUGACUCCAAAUUUCGUGACAUGCUCAAGUGCGUGGGCAAACUAGGCUGGUGCUCGGUUGGCGGAGAGGCCGACGCCACGGAAGCUGACGACUCCAGUGCAGGAGUUCUGAUUUUGGCCAAGAAGAACCUUGGACUGUCUUCUCUGUUCUUGGAGGCCUCGGGCCGUUGGCACUCCAGCAAGUGUGCGAGGUGGUGUGUCGCCACGGUCAGGCUCAAGCAUGUGACCCUGACGGUCGUCCCCAUCUACUUGAUCUCAGGUGUGAGGUCUACAUGUGUGUCCCGCAACCUUAGCCUCUUGUCCGAGAUUGGCUCCAGGCUCUCGCAGGUUGCUGGGCCGCUUCUGCUGGUGGGCGACUGGCAGAUGGAAAUUUCCGACCUCGCGUCCACGGGCUUCAUGAAGGAGCUCGGGUUGGUCGAGGUGCCCAGCCCAGACGUCUCUGUAACUUGCACUGGGGGGCGAGGAGCCGCGAGUAAGAUCGACUAUUCCCUCGUGAAUGCGGGCUUCGCCCAGGCUGUCAAGUUCGUCGGCGUGGACCUGA